GUAAUCUUUUGGUUUCCUCUUUUUCAGAAAUUUAUUUUCCCUAAAAGUUUUUGUUUUCUUUGUAAAAACAUUGCAGAGUGCCCCCAAACCGAUUGAAACUCAAAGUUUGCUCCUUUGAAUCGAUCUUCGUUUCUAGUGAGAGGAUGCAGAAUCAGAAUGAUACGGUGAAGGAUGAUGCGGAGCUGGCUGCUUCCAUGUCGGCUGAACAAUGGGGAUGCUGUUCAGUGGAGGAACCAUCUUUUCAAGAUGAUGAAGCUGCUAAGGUUCCUUAUGUUGGUGAUAAGGAGCCUAUGUCUAGUUUAUCAGCAGAGUACCAAGCAGGGAGUCCCAUUUUGCUUGAGAAGAUAAAGGUACUGGACAGUCAGUAUGUUGCAAUCAGGCGAACAAGAGGAGAUGGAAACUGCUUCUUCCGUAGUUUUAUGUUCUCUUACCUUGAGCAUGUUUUGGAAUCUCAGGAUGGUGCUGAAGUCGACCGUAUCAAGGUCAAUGUUGAAAAAUGCAGAAAGAAUCUGCAGAGCUUAGGCUACACAGAUUUCACAUUUGAGGAUUUCUUUGCGUUGUUCCUUGAGCAACUUGAUGACAUUCUCCAAGGAGGCGAAGAGUCUAUAAGCUAUGAUGAGCUGGUUAACAGAAGUAGAGAUCAGUCUGUCUCCGACUACAUUGUCAUGUUCUUCAGGUUUGUUACUGCUGGUGAAAUAAAAACGCGUGCUGAGUUCUUCGAGCCUUUUAUAACAGGAUUAUCUAAUACCACUGUGGAUCAGUUUUGCAAGACAUCAGUUGAACCGAUGGGGGAAGAGAGUGACCACAUUCACAUAACUGCUUUGUCGGACGCGCUUGGUGUUGCAAUCAGGGUUGUGUAUCUUGACCGUAGCUCAUGUGAUACUGGAGGUGGUGUCACUGUGAACCAUCACGACUUUGUUCCCGUUGGCACUACUAAUGAGAAAGAAGAAGCUUCUGCUGCUGCUCCCUUUAUAACCUUGCUCUAUCGUCCAGGCCAUUACGAUAUCCUCUACCCCAAGGUACUGGACAAUGUGGAAAAAUGAUCAUUUAAUGUUUGCAAAACUGUGGUAAUAUGGAUUCAUUGAAUCAUGAUACACCAUCUCUUUGCUCCUUGAUUAUGAUCAAAAACCCUUGCGACAUCACAAAAUGGAUUUUUUUUGUUUGUUUGUUUUACUAUAACAUUCAUGAUGGUCUCUCCUUUUGUGAAGUGUACUAAAAUGAACCAGAAGUGUUUGCAAUAUAAACAAUGACAAGAGUCUAAGUUUGUUUUAA